AUGUCAAUCCUGCUCACUUCCAACUGGGGGAAUAUGCGGCCGCUUUCACUCAUCUUCGGCAAAUUAUUUGACCGAAAUACACAAAAUCGUCUAAGCUCAGCGGAUCGUUCUGCAAUUCGAGAAAUGUUUGCGUCUCCUCGAAUCAUUGGACCGUUCUUCAAGGUGCUAGGUGCGAGAUUGGGCAGAUUCCUUGCCAGAAUGCAUGAUCCAGAAACCACAAAACGACUACAACUGUCCAGCAAUCCUCCAUUACCCACGAAUUUUGCCUCUAAAGAAGCCGGGAAACAAAGGCUCUUUGGAGAGAUUGUGAAAUGGCGAAACAAUGUCCAACAUAUGGACAUUUUCAUUAACUCUCCAGACUCAUUGGAAGCAACCUUAACACCGGGUGAAGCGAUUAAGUCCUUUGGGAUAGCCUUCUGGGAGCACGCGGGAUUCUGCGGAAGAGGGGUAAAUGGUGACAUCGCACAACUAUUUGCAGAGCUUGAAGCUUAUCGGAUUGCGGCCUGGUACCAAGACACUUUGGCCCGCGGGAUGCAAUCCCUUGCCGUCCUCUAUGGGGUGGCGCUCUGUGGUCUUCUGGACAAUCUGCUCAGCCAGUACAAGCGUGAGAGCAAGUGGCUGCAAAUGGCUCAGAGACACAACCGCGUGCAAAAGUGGUGGAAGAAGACCGUAGGAACCGAAAAGCCUCAUGUUUUCUCUCCGAAAGCAGUUGAACGGUCGAUUUAUUUGGCUCACGGCCUGUACCUCAUCAAUGCGGCCUUCGAGAAACCAUGGUUCUGCGAAAACAGUCGAUGCCCUCGUGUCAACGGGCGUCACACCGAGGACAAACAGGACUGUGGCCUUGUGCGUUACAUAUUCUACUGUAGUCUCGAGGUUCUCUACCUUGCGGAGGAAAAUGAGGAGAAGUUCAACCGUGUCAAUGUCAGAACAGAGAUGCGACUUUUCAGGCCGUUCCAUGCCGGUUGGCAUCCACGAGUCACGGAGCUUUUCCAUGAGACAUACGACGCGUGGCGUGGUUCUAUGACCCCUUGA